AAAGACUUUUGCAUAUCACUUUGCAGCUGUCAUCCUAGAAGGUUUUAGCGGGUUUUAGCAAGAAUCGCUUUGUGCAAGGUCGUUCAAAAAUCUGACAGCUGUUUAGACGUUGGAAUCUAAAUAAUUAAAUAAUGAUACCGAAAAUAUUAUUAUUUAGUAACUAAUUUACGAAAAAAGUAUUUUUUAAAUUAAGUAACAUGUCAGCAUCAGCAAGCAGAUCGGAAUUUGCAAUCACAGAAUCUAACCAACAAGAAGAUGAAUGUGGACCACAAUUAAUUUCUAAGAUAGAGGGUAAUGGUAUUACAAGUGGGGAUAUUAAGAAGUUACAAGAAGCUGGAUACUAUACUGUAGAAUCAAUAGCAUUCGCACCAAAAAAGAGUCUUAUAACUAUAAAAGGAAUAUCCGAAGCUAAAGCUGAUAAACUAUUAGCCGAAGCUGCUAAGCUUGUGCCUAUGGGGUUUACAACAGCAACAGAAUUUCAUCAAAAACGAUCAGAAAUAAUAUUGUUAACAACAGGUUCAAAGGAGCUAGAUAAACUAUUGGGCGGAGGUAUUGAAACUGGAUCAAUAACGGAAGUUUUUGGUGAAUUUCGUACAGGGAAAACACAAUUAUGCCAUACAUUAGCUGUAAAUUGCCAGUUACCUAUAGAUCAAAAUGGAGGUGAAGGCAAAUGUUUAUAUAUAGACACUGAGGGAACAUUUCGACCUGACAGGUUAUUGGCUGUUGCUGACCGUUACAAAUUAUCUGGUAGCGAUGUGUUAGAUAAUAUUGCAUAUGCACGAGCAUAUAAUACAGAUCAUCAAACACAACUUUUAAUAUAUGCUUCUGCAAUGAUGUCUGAAUCCAGAUAUGCAUUACUAAUUGUAGAUAGUGCUACAGCAUUGUAUCGAACCGAUUAUUCUGGCCGAGGUGAACUAUCUGCACGACAAAUGCAUUUAGCUCGAUUUUUGCGGAUGUUAUUAAGAAUAGCAGAUGAAUUUGGUGUAGCAGUAUUGAUUACAAAUCAAGUAGUAGCUCAAGUAGACGGAGCUUCCAUGUUUUCAGCCGAUCCUAAGAAACCCAUUGGAGGAAAUAUAAUGGCACAUGCAUCUACAACGAGACUAUAUCUUCGUAAAGGAAGAGGAGAGAACAGAAUUUGCAAAAUAUACGAUUCUCCCUGCUUACCAGAGAGUGAAGCAAUGUUUUCAAUUAAUGCUGAUGGUAUUGGUGAUGCUAAAGACUAAAUAACCAGUACAAACUAUUAAAUAUUACGCUUAAUUUAGGAUUAUGAA